GUUCGCCAUUCACACAGCCGAGAGAGUGAGGCAGUCGCACGACCUACGUAGCCUUCGCGUAGCCUGCGCCUUCCCUUCCAUUAAUUUUGCUUUGCCUGCUCCGGCACGGCACUUAGAUAGCUCCUUCGUCCAGACGAGACGACUGGUACGGUGCUUGUGCGUGUGUCUCGUUGAUCGAUCGAGGUGGUCGUUUGCUCGGCACCUAAGAAGAGGUUGAGCGGCGGGUCAUGGCGGGGCCGGCGGGAGGGCGGGAACUGCCGGACACGCCGACGUGGGCGGUGGCGCUCGUCUGCGCCGUUAUGAUACUCGUCUCCGUCGCCAUGGAGCACGCCCUCCACAACCUCGGCCACUGGUUCCACAAGCGGCACAAGAAGGCCAUGGCGGAGGCGCUGGAGAAGAUGAAGGCGGAGCUCAUGCUGGUGGGCUUCAUAUCCCUGCUCCUCACCGUGGCGCAGGACCCCAUCUCCAAGAUAUGCAUCUCCGUGGAGGCCGGCAGCAGGAUGCUCCCGUGCAAGCUGCCCUCUGCUUACGCCGGCGACGGCCAGGAGAACCGCCGAAGGCUCCUCUGGCUCCAGGGCGAGACCCACCGCCGGUUCCUGGCCGCCCCGGCCGGAGAGGACGUCUGCGCCAAACAGGGCAAGGUGGCGCUGAUGUCGGCGGGGAGCAUGCACCAGCUGCACAUAUUCAUCUUCGUGCUCGCCGUCUUCCACGUCCUGUACAGCGUCGCCACCAUGGCUCUCAGCCGUCUCAAAAUGAAGCAAUGGAAGAAGUGGGAGUCGGAGACUGCAUCGCUGGAGUAUCAGUUCGCCAACGAUCCAUCGCGGUGCCGGUUCACGCACCAGACGACGUUCGUGAGGCGGCACCUGGGCCUGUCCAGCACCCCCGGCGUCAGAUGGGUGGUGGCCUUCUUCAGGCAGUUCUUCACGUCGGUGACCAAGGUGGACUACCUGACGCUGCGGCAGGGCUUCAUCAACGCGCAUCUCUCGCAGAAGAGCAGGUUCGACUUCCACAGGUACAUCAAGAGGUCGCUGGAGGACGACUUCAAGGUCGUCGUCGGCAUCAGCCUCAAGCUCUGGUUCGUGGCGGUGCUCAUCCUCUUCCUUGAUUUCCACGGUAGCCGCCUAGUCCAUGCCCUGCUCGCCUUCUCCUCUGUUUCUCUCCAUAAUCUGCGAAUUUUGUCUCGUAACCAGCACCGUCAUCUUCUCGCAGGGAUCGGCACUCUUAUCUGGAUGUCUGUGGUUCCUCUCGUGAUCCUCUUGUGGGUCGGGACCAAGCUCGAGAUGGUGAUCAUGGAGAUGGCCCGGGAGAUCCAGGACCGGGAGAGCGUCGUCAAGGGGGCUCCCGCCGUCGAGCCCAGCAACAAGUACUUCUGGUUCAACCGCCCCGACUGGGUCCUCUUCCUCAUACACCUCACACUCUUCCAGAACGCGUUUCAGAUGGCACAUUUCGUGUGGACAGUGGCCACGCCCGGCUUGAAGAGAUGCUACCAUCAGAAAAUGGGAGUGAGCAUCGCCAAGGUGGUGCUGGGGGUGGCCGCCCAGAUCAUGUGCAGCUACAUCACCUUCCCCCUCUACGCGCUUGUCACACAGAUGGGCUCACACAUGAAGAGAAGCGUCUUCAACGAGCAGACGGCCAAGGCGCUGACCAACUGGCGAAAGGUGGCGAAGGAGAAGAAGAAAGCCCGAGACGCGGGCUUGCUGAUGGCGCAGAUGGGCGUCGGCUCGUCGCCGGUGCACCUGCUCCACAAUGCCGGGGCGCGGUCCGACGAUCCCCAGAGCGUGCCGGCGUCGCCGAGGGCCGAGAAGGAGGGCGGGGGUGUGUGGUGUCCGGCUGCGGCGCGUCCGGCGCGCAGGGUGCCUCCUUGUGACGGGUGGAGGUCGGCCUCGUCGCCGGCCCUCGACGCUCACAUGACCGGUGCAGAUUUGUGCUUCAGCACGCAACGUUGAUCGAUCAGACAAAUUCAUUCAUUAUUUUUUUUGUUGAAUACUCUUGGAAGCGUAUCAUUUCAUUGAUAGAGAGUCGAAAUUUAGUCGAAAUUACAGAGGUGACUGUAUAUGUACACAAGGGCGCCGAUGCCGGUGAGCAGUAGAAAAAGGUUGCUCUCCAA